AUGAAGUCCACAGUUUUUUCCAAGCCAACAGGCCUUUCAGAUGAUCAGGGUGACGAUAAUAUAAUUGAAAGAAUUCUGCUCGUCCAAGAGUUGAUCGAUUCAGAUAAGCGGUGUGUGGUGUUGAACUUCACCGAGUCCAAUAUAACAGUUGAGAUGCCUAUUUACGACAUUGACAAGGCAGCUUCUGAAGUGGACGUACGGUUCGACCAGUUUGAACAUUUGGUGUUUCUUAUCAACGGUCUCAACUCUCAGGUGAUAGACUAUAUUAAAAGUGUUGAUACCGAUCAAGUGGUUUCUGUGAUUGCCCUUGAGUCUGUGGAUCUUGGUUUAAAGGCUGACAUUGUUUCCAUCGACAACUUUGUUGUUACUUCAACCGGACAUGUGAUUGAAAGCGAAAAACUCAUCCCCAUCUCGAAAGAUACCAUCGAUAUCCAGAAUAUAGACAGCUCCAUAGACUUAAAGUCAGAGCAUCUACUAGAGCUGGAAAAGAGCUAUUUCCAAAUCACAUUUGAAUAA